CUGUGUUGUUGAGUUCCAUUACCAUCCAUGGAGUUUCAUCUUCAACCUCACGUCGUGGUGCUGCCAUACCCAUCACAGGGCCACAUUAACCCCAUGAUCAACCUCUCCAACAUCCUCGUUUCUCAAAACUCCGACAUCCUCGUCACCUUUCUCGUUACUCACCACUGCUUUUCCCGGAUCACCUCCAACGCUAAACCCCACAACAUAACCUUCGCCGCCCUCCCUGAUCUUCAUCCCUCCGCCGACACCUUCGAAGCCACCAUCCACGCCGUGAUGACGCAGAUGGAAGGGCCGCUCCAAAGCCUCCUCGACCGCCUUCACCCACCGCCCACGCUCCUCAUCUGCGACGCGUUUCUCUCGUGGGCUGUCGCCCUGGCCAACCGCAGGAAAAUUCCGGUGGCCGCGUUCUGGACGACGUCCACGGCGGAGCUGUGGUUGCAGUAUUUCCAUCUUUUCCAACGGAACCAACUCUGUCGUCAAACGAAGUUAGAUUAUAUUCCAUCAACCUAUUGGAUAGAUGGAUCAGAUUAUCCUCUUCUGAAUGGGAAGAACAGUAAAAUUCUGCAAUGGGCAUUGAAAAGCUGUGAAUGGCUUCCAAAAGCACAGUACCUUCUACUGCCUUCAAUCUAUGAGUUAGAAUCCAAAGUGGUGGAUGCCUUCAAAGCAAACCUCUCAAUUCCAAUUUACACCAUUGGUCCAAAUAUACCAUAUUCAAGUGUUGCUGAGAAUUCACGAAACCCUAAUAACAAUGGCUACAUGGAAUGGCUAGAUAGGCAACCCCCAAAUUCAGUUUUGUACAUUUCACAUGGAAGUUAUCUUUCAAUCUCAAGUGCUCAAAUGGAGGAAAUUGCCAUUGCAUUGCAUGAUGGGAAUGUGAGGUUCAUGUGGGUGACAAGAGAGGAGAGUCCAAAGUUGAGAGAGAUUUGUAAUGAGAAGAAGAUGGGGUUGGUUGUGGCAUGGUGUGAUCAACUGAGGGUGUUGUUGCACCAUGCUGUGGCUGGUUAUUGGACUCAUUGUGGCUGGAAUUCAGUCAUGGAAGGGAUCUUUUCUGGGCUGCCAUUUUUGACCUUUCCAAUUGCCUUGGAUCAGCCAUUGAUCAGUAGACUCAUUGUUCAGUAUUGGAAGGUUGGUUGGAGAGUGAAGAAGGAUGAGAACAUGGAGGAUUUGGUGACAAGAGAUGUCAUUGUUGUGUUGCUGAGGAAGUUCAUGGAUUUGCAGAGUGAUGUUGGGAGUGAAAUCAGGAGAAGAGCCAAGGAGCUUCAACGUAUGGUUCAGCUUGCAAUUUCUGAGAAUGGCUCCUCUCAUACUAAUAUCAGAACCUUUCUCGACAACAUAGUUCAAACUGGAGCAAAAAGACUUGAUUGA